AUGGUCGGAAAAGUCAGCGAGCGUGUCCUCCUUCGGGAAGGGCUCGAGCGCACCGACAAUGGCAUGAAGCAGACGAGCUGGCCCGAUGUCAUCCCCAUCAACCAGAAGAACUACUAUACUGAUUAUAUGAAGCGCGACGAUCAGGUCCUCGCCCUACGACUCCAAGGAGAGGCUACCCGCGAUCGACUGGUACAGAGCGCGAAGGAUAGAGAUCGUGCACUAGCUUUCAACCAGAAUGGCGAGAUUCCCCUGCCGAUAGCCGACCUCGAUGGCGACGAUGCGACCGAGCCAGCCGUCGAUGCCCUCGACCCGUCAAGGAUAAUAGUUAUCCAUCCCGGAAGCCAGAACUUGCGUAUUGGAUUUGCGAGCGAUGCCCUUCCAAAAACUAUCCCCAUGGCCCUGGCUACGCGCUUCCCGCAGACAGAAUCUGAAAUCCAUGAAGCCCUACCAAGGCGGCAGUUCGAGGCGAGGAACCUCGAUCAAGAAUAUGGGGAGGAAUGGUCGAAGAAGUUCCAUAAGAUGAGCAACGAACUUAAAGUAGACAUGCGCGCGAACAAGCGCAAAGUCCUACCAAACUCAAAGGAGCUUGUCGUGAACUACAACCGCAGGGCGGAACCCGAGAUCAUAGCGACGCACAACGAUCCUCUGCAAAUAGAAUGGACGGAUAUCAAGAGUUUGGAGGAUCCGGAGUCAAUUGCAUCUGCAUUUAUCGGUAACCAGGCACAGCGGGUUCCUGAUGACUCGAACCCGAAGUUCAAGCUCUGGUGGCCUAUGCAACAUGGUUUCCUCAACGAGGAUGAUUAUGAUACCGAGGAGCAUCUAUAUGAUGAUUUCGAGACCCUUCUUGACAAGGCAAUCCGUCAAGAGCUAGGUUUGACUCGGAACAGCACCUGGAAACAGUACAGCUGUGUCUUUGUUAUCCCAGAUCUGUACGAUAAAAAGUAUGUCGAGCAGGUCCUGAGAUCAUGUGUGAACUGGUUCGAGUUCAGCAAGAUAUGCUUCAUCCAGGAGAGCAUGGCAGCUACCUUUGGCGCGGGCUAUACGCAGGCUUGCGUUGUAGAUGUCGGCGCGCAGAAGACAUCCAUUACCUGUGUUGAGGAUGGACUGUGUAUCGAGGACUCCCGAAUCAAUCUCAAAUAUGGCGGUUAUGAUGUAACGGAAACGUUCAUCAAGAUGAUGUUAUACGACAACUUCCCAUACCAGGAUAUCAACCUGCAGCGACGUUACGACUUUCUCCUAGCAGAGGAGUUGAAGAUCAAGCACUGCACACUUUCACAAGCCAACAUUUCAGUGCAACUAGCCGAGUUCCAUCUUCGCGCGCCUAACCAACCGACUCACAAAUAUCAGUUCAAGACCUACGAUGAAGUCAUCUUAGCACCCUACGGCUUUUACGAGCCUGAGAUUUUUGACAACAAGUUCAAGCUGCGCGGCCGCCGGAAACUCAUUGAUCGAUCAUAUAACGCCUAUGAAGUUGACGUGCCUGAUGACCCGCAAUCUGCCGCACAGCUGGCUAUACUUGCACUGAUCAAGCCAUCCAUCACAUCUAACGCGAAUGGGUUCGCCCCUGGCCAAGAGAUCUCAACCCCUAGCAAGGAGAAGUCCCAACCAUUCAACUUCCUUGCAAGAGAGGCGAAUGGCACUCCUGCGACCUCAAACGCCCCAUCUCCAGCGCCAGAGGGAGCCAGUACUCCAGUCCCGCCACCUUUUGUCUUCGGUGGGAAAGACAAGGACGGUGUCAAUGGCACAGGAAGUCCAGCCCCUACCGGCCGAAAUGGCGGUACCCCAGCACCCUCCGGUGGACCCCUAGGCCAGUCACUACAGCCCCCACCGGGCAUGUUCGUAGACAGCUUUGCCCGCUCGGCAAAGGCACUGGCAGCAGAGCGUGAUGAGGUCCUGCCGGUUGCUUCUCUCGACGUUGCCAUCAUGACAGCCAUCCAGAAUGCUGCCAAGGGAGACGACAAGAAGGUGCGGGAUCUCCUGGGCUCCAUCAUGGUUAUCGGCGGAGGAGCCAAGGUUCCUCACUUCACAACUUUGCUGGAGGAGAAGCUCCGCGCGAGACGGCCUGACAUCUACGACAAGAUCCUGGUGAGCCGAAGCGCCAGGGAUAUGGAUGAGCAGGUCGUGGUUUGGAAGGGCGCCAGCGUCUUUGCCAAACUUGCUGCUAACGAUAGCUGGAUCACGCCUUUUGAGUACGAGAGACUGGGAGCACGAGUAUUGCAUCACAAGGUCCUCUGGGCGUGGUAA